AGUUUUCAAGAUAAAAAGUAAAUGUGUUUGAAUAAUUAGAAAGUAUUUGAAUAGUAUGAGUAAUCGAAAAUAAGCCAUAAUGUCUGUGUUGUUUUCUAAAAACAAAAGUUUAUCUCUUAAGUUAUAAAAUAGUUAAUUAAUUUCGUCUCACUGUUCAAUAAUAAACUAUAUAAUCUACGAACAUUUCGUAUUCAUGCACUGAAGUUAUUACAAAUAAUUUAUUUUACUUAAAUUUUGCUCUUAAUUAUUUUAAGUUAAGUGUUACUAUAAUAACAAUAUGUUUAAAUCAAUAAAAUUGUUGCACAAGGUUCCUCAAGUUGAACUUUCUAACCGUAGAUCAUCUUCUCAGGUCAAAACAGCUGUCAUAAUGUUAAAUAUGGGUGGACCACAACAUGUUAAUCAAGUUCAUGACUACUUACAUAGAAUAAUGACUGAUCGAGAUAUGAUGCAAUUACCCUUUCAAAACAUUCUUGGUCCUUACAUAGCAAAAAGACGUACUUCUGAAGUUCAAAAAAAAUAUGCUGAGAUAGGGGGUGGUUCACCAAUUUUGAAAUGGACUAAUAUUCAAGGAAAAUUGUUAUGUGAAAAACUAGAUAAAAUAUCUCCUAAUACUGCACCACAUAAACACUAUGUUGCCUUUCGUUAUGUUGAUCCAUUAACUGAAUAUACUUUAAAAGAAGUUGAAAAAGAUGGUGCUAAACGGAUAGUAUUAUUUUCCCAAUAUCCUCAAUAUAGCUGUGCUACUGCUGGAUCAAGUUUUAAUGCAAUUUAUUCAUAUUAUCAAAAAAAAAAAUUUCCUGAUAACAUCAAAAUGAGUGUAAUUGAUAGAUGGGCUACACAUCCUUUAUUGAUUAAAGCUAUUGGAUCAAGAAUUUCUGAUGAAAUAAAACAAUUUAAAGAAAUUGAUAGAAAUAAUGUUGUCAUAUUAUUUUCAGCUCACUCUUUACCCUUAAAGGCCGUAAAUCGUGGUGAUGCUUAUCCAUCUGAAGUUAGUGCUACAGUACAUGCAGUAAUGGAAGAAAUUGGAUAUACUAAUCCUUAUGCAUUGGUAUGGCAAUCCAAAGUUGGCCCAUUGCCAUGGUUAGGACCUUUUACUGAUGAUGCUCUUAAAGGUUAUGUGAAGCAAGGAAAAAAAAACUUUAUUUUGGUUCCCAUUGCAUUUGUUAAUGAACAUAUUGAAACAUUACAUGAAUUGGAUAUAGAAUAUUGUAAAGAACUGGGAGAAGAAUUGGGUGUAGAAAAUAUUCGUAGAGCUGCAGCUCCAAACGAUCAUCCCUUGUUCAUAGAUGCAAUUUCUGAUAUAGUAUCACAACAUUUACGUGAUAAUAUAACUGUUGGACCUAAAUUUCUAUUAAGAUGUGCACAUUGUUGUAAUGAUCGAUGCUACCAAUCAAAACAUUGGUAUUCUAAAGUAUGCAACUCCAAUUAGUUUUUAGUUAAUAAAUUUAUGUCCAAGUUACCAGAUACCCGUGGAUGUAAUUUUAAGGAGUAAUGUAAGGUUGAUGGUCAAUAAAAAUACUCUUUUAUA